AUGUUAUUAAGAAUAAGCCAUAAACCACAAUUGCUAGGGAGAACUUUAGAGAGAGAGAGAGAGAGAGAGAGAGAGAGGACAAAGAGUAAGGAUGACAUAAAGUAUUUCACAGCACAGGCAAGGCUAAACGAGGAUGAAGCCGUGAGAGUGGCUUACAAGCAUGGCACUCCACUGGAAGGAGGGAAGCUUGCUGAUUCUGAGCCGGUUGAUCUCUUCUCAAGUGCUCACAACAUUCAAAAGGCUGCUAGCGUUGUUCAAGAUGAGAAUGAGGACCCCACCACUCAGCCUUAGCUACACCGUCACGCUGAUGAUGAACAAGGUGGUGGAGAAUCCAACACCAAGAGUGCCAAGUUCCCCAGCAAAA